AUGUCAACUGUAGGCCUCGUACCGGCUACCCCGAAGGAUCUUCAAACCAUCAUGAGGUCUCCAAGUGAUUUUAUGGUCGUUAGAGAGGGAGUGUCGCGAUUUGUGGCAACUCCCAAGUUUUGCGAGCGCAAGACUGGUCCGUUGACGAGAUCGCCGAUUUUACUUCAUGGUGUAAAAUACGGCUCGAUCAAGGCGUGCUUCCAGAGGCAAGAUGUCAGAGGCUUUUCUGACCGUGUAUGCGACCAUCUCGGGGAUGUAUCACAUCGUGAUAUUGUUCGUUUCGUCAGUGCUGUUGGUGACAGUAGUACAUGUGAGGAUGAGUUUUGGAUGUAUAUAAUGGCUAAAAGGAUACAGGACAAGGUCAUGCCCUUCAUACUGGACGUCACUAUAACCGCGAACCAGGCAGCUCGGGUAAACUCACAAGAGGCUGCUCGUGAUGGCUUCGAGAAAGAAGAGCGAGCUAGUCGCGUGGUGGAGUGGUUGAAAGCUCAUUGCAGCGUGCAGUUGGCAGCGGUUGCAGCGUGUUAA